GGCAAAAUAAAAUUUAUGGACCUGUUUACAACUUUCAAUGGAUUACGAUGAGUUUAGCAAUGACAACAACCCAUUUGCAGGCUCCAAUCAUUUCUACUCUAACGGAAUAAGCAAUACAACAGAAACCGGAGAGCCACAGGACAGCGACACUAGCGGAGCCAGCUUAGGAGUCCAAUCUGUGGAUAGCCAGCCUCUUGUCAGUCACAUGCCAGCUCAACACUCAGAUAGUGCAAGUGUUGUCAUCACUAAUUAUGAGGUUCUGCGAGAUUUCAAGAAUAUCACCACAGUAUUUUACAAAAUUGAAUACAUGUCCAACAGCGUAUUGCGCCGCUACACAGAUUUCGUCUUCCUUCGUUCUUAUCUCACCAAAAUCUUUCAGACAAAAGUCAUACCGCCGAUUCCCGAGAAACAUUCGUUGGGGAGACUGAUCAAGAAUCCAUUCACCUACAAAUCAGACACAAAAAUAAUAUACAGACGAAUUCGACUACUUCAAUACUUCCUCACGGAGCUGAUGUCCGAUCCAGAGAUUAAACAAGCGGAAGUUUUUGUCAAAUUUCUGGAUUCAUCACAAAAAAAUUGGCUUCAGAUGGUGAAGUCUGGGCAUGUGGCCAGUUUAUCCUCGAAAUCUGUCCUAUUAACCUCACCAAGAAAUCCUACCAUACCCAAUCCUUAUCUGGUCUACCUACCGGUCCCGCCCCUUGGACUGGCCAAAAAGUACGAUUCCAGUCUCAAUUCACGGAUUUUUGUACCAUUGGAGAAAAAGGCAAAGCUUUUAUUGCAGAGAGUCCAGGGUUUGGAACAAACAAGCAAAAAACUCAUUAAAGAUUUUGAAAGAAACCGCCUAGCCAUGGUUGAGCUUGGUGGCUUCUUCAACAUAUUCAGUAUUCUGGAAGAUCAACAGAAACACAUCGAAGAUUUUGGAAACAAAAUUGAUUUAACUUUCCUCAAUAUUGAGAUCCUAACAAAGUCUAUCACAGUCAAGAUCUACGAACCAUUGAUUAUUUUGCGCCUCACAUUAGUUUCCAUUUUACAUCGCCUUCAUUAUAGAAAACUUAAAGAGUUGCAAUUAUCGUAUCUGCAAGAAAUCAUUGUCAAAAAGCAGAUCCGACUGAAGAGUUUGAUAGAACGAGUGACAUCAGAGUUCAAACUCAAUCAGGUAUUGCACAAUAACUCAGUCGACUCUCCAAGCCUGAACAGAGCAAUAAAUGAGUUGAAAGUUAAAAAGCAGAAACGCAAACAGCUAGAUGAAUCGUCUCUUAUUAUAAUCAACGAGCAGCUGCACAAGGACGACCACGAUGAAAGCUUCAUCAAAGAUCACGAUAAUAAUUCUACACUAAGCAAAGGAAGUCAAGGGAACUGGAAAACAGCCAUUGCAGGAACGUCAUCAUCUGCAUCAUCAAAUAAGAUUCAUACGACGGCCACGUCUAGCCACAAAUCUGUCUCAAAAUUAACCCCUGACGAAUUAGGUUCUGAAAUUUGUACGGCUCGCCUCGAGCUCAACGAAAAGCUCACUCCAUGUUUUACGAACCUUAUGCUUGAUGUGAAGUAUAUCAGUCUCGAAGUAGAAAAGAAUGUCAACCAUCAAUUAGCCAAGGUGAUUCAAAGAUUGUACGAUAUCAUGAGUGACUGGCAAACUGUGGUUUUCAGUGAGUUUGCGCAGAGCUGUCUCAAUAUAUGGAGCAAUGAUACAUGUUUGAAUUGAGUUCAGGCUGCUCAAUCACGAUUAAUUUCAACCGAUUUAUUAUUUGCCUAUAAUUAAGUCUAUAGCAUACAACCAAGUGAAGUUUCAAAUGUAACUUUGAUGAUUCAAACAUACAAUAUACUUUCUGAGUUAGGCUAUUUUGAACCUCAGCAGAGGUACCUCAUCAUCAGAGGGAUUUGGUGUGGUUUUUGACUGAAGCAUUGAAUGACCAUUGCAAAAGGCUCUUAUAUUUGACUACCAGGGUCCCAAAUUCUUGGAAAUCGGGGGCUAUGGCUCAAUGGUAGAGCUUUCGACUCCAGUCAAAUCUACGGAUUCGUGCAAUCGAAGGGUUGCAGGUUCGAUUCCUGUUGGCCUCAGAUUUUAUGUUUUUACUUCAACGGUCGAAAACGAGUAUGCAUUUGGAUUAAAACAAGUACUAGUAUCAC